ACUAUCAAUACAGCCAAAAAUAAACAACCGCUUCUAUACAAUCACCCACCCUCCCCCUUUCUCCUUUUCCCCAACAUUUUUAUCCCCUCUUCGUAAGGAUCUACCCCUCCACUUUCUGUCCUGACCUGAUAGUCUGCUCCAAACCCCCUACUAUUCCCCUCAAAAACAUCUCUCUCUCUCUCAUAUCUUUCAAUGGCUUUGAUGCUUGAUAACUGUGAAGGGGUAUUACUAUCACUGGACUCCCACAAAUCAGUGCCAGCGCCCUUCCUCACCAAAACCUACCAACUAGUCGAUGAUCCCUCCUCCGACCACAUAGUUUCAUGGGGUGAAGAUGAUACUACUUUUGUUGUUUGGAGACCUCCUGAGUUUGCUCGUGAUCUCCUCCCGAAUUACUUCAAGCACAACAAUUUCUCCAGCUUUGUCAGACAGCUCAAUACUUACGGCUUUAGGAAGAUUGUACCGGACAGGUGGGAGUUUGCCAAUGAGUUCUUUAAGAAAGGAGAAAAACACUUGCUUUGUGAGAUCCAUAGAAGAAAGACCGCGCAACCACAAGUGGCCGGGAUAAACCAUCAUCACCACAACCCGCACUCUCCUUUGGUUGAUGGCCCGGGUAUCUUCCCAUUUCCAAGCCGAGUCAGCAUUUCUCCACCGGACUCAGAUGAACAAGGCAACUGGUGUGACUCGCCUCCAGUUUCUUCAGCUAGAGGAGGCACCGGAGUCUCGGUUCUUGGUAGCGGCUAUAACAGCUCGGUCACAGCUUUAUCAGAGGACAAUGAGAGGCUAAGAAAAAGAAACAGUUUGCUGAUGUCUGAACUUGCCCAUAUGAAAAAACUGUACAACGAUAUCAUCUAUUUUGUUCAAAACCAUGUUAAGCCCGUCACUCCUAGCAAUUCAUACUCCCCUUCCAUGCUUCUUUAUGGCCCUCCAUCCGCUGCUGCUCCUAUAGUUAAUACCACCAAUAGUUCAUUAUUGCAAAAGCCUUCGAACCAUCAUCAUGGGCAUUAUCCAAAUAGUCCCAAGCCCCGAGUCCAGGUUUUGAACUCUCCAACUGCUACAUCGCAGAGCUCCUUGACCAUUCUUGAAGAACCAUGCAGCAAUAGUCGCAAAACCAAGCUCUUUGGCGUACCCUUACAAUCCAAGAAGAGGUUGCACCCGGAGUAUGGUGCAACAACUAACAUGGAGACUAGCAAAGCACGUCUGGUCUUGGAAAAAGAUGAUUUACGGUUGAACCUUAUGCCUCCCACAUGUUAGUUUCAUAUGUCCAUUCAAGAAUAUUCUAGCUUCCCUUUUCCAACUUUCUCUGUAGUUUUUUUCUCUAUUAAUUGUCUCAGUUUAUCUCUUAAGAUUAAUGAGGUUGUAUAUAAUUUUAGUGCCGGUAAUAUUUUGUUCCCCCCUAACUAGCCACAUCAAUGCAGGUGGGUUUUGGUUAGAGUGAAGAUGAAAUUAAAG